AGGACUACUCCGGCACGGCGGCGGGGCGCGUGAGCCAUUCGCUUGCGAUCCGAAUGACGCGGCGUCUAGUGGGCUGCCGUUCUGCAGGACGGCGGCGCCGAUUCCUGAAAGGGUAAAGGAUUUCAUCGGACGGCUGACAUUGCAAGAGAAGAUUCGAUUGCUGGUGAACAAUGCGGCGGGUGUGCCUCGCCUGGGGAUUCAGGGAUAUGAGUGGUGGUCGGAAGCCCUUCACGGCGUCUCAAAUGUCGGCCCCGGAAUUAAAUUCGGCGGCGAUUUUCCCGGCGCCACCGGCUUUCCUCAGGUCAUCACCACCGCUGCUUCUUUCAAUGCGUCACUUUGGGAAGCUAUCGGACGGGUUGUGUCGGACGAAGCCAGGGCGAUGUACAACGGCGGCGCUGCUGGACUGACUUACUGGAGCCCAAAUGUGAACAUAUUCCGAGAUCCACGGUGGGGCCGCGGCCAAGAAACUCCCGGCGAAGAUCCCUUGGUCGCUGGUACGUAUGCCAGCAGCUACGUGAGAGGCCUUCAGGGCAACGACGGCAACCGCCUCAAAGUCGCCGCUUGCUGCAAGCACUUCACCGCCUAUGAUUUGGACAACUGGAACGGCACCGACCGGUUUCACUUCAACGCCAAGGUUACUCGACAAGACAGAGUGGACACAUUUGAUGUGCCGUUCAGGAUGUGCGUGAAGGAAGGGAAAGUGGCGAGCGUUAUGUGUUCGUACAAUCAGGUCAACGGCGUCCCCACAUGCGCUGACCCUAAUUUGCUCAAGGGAACCAUACGCGAUCAGUGGCGCCUCAAUGGCUACAUCGUCUCCGACUGCGAUUCCGUCGGAGUCUUUUUCGACAACCAACACUACACGUCCACGGCGGAGGAGGCGGCGGCGGACGCCAUUAAAGCCGGCUUGGACUUGGACUGUGGACCCUUUUUAGCUGUCCACACGGAAGACGCUGUGAAGAAAGGAUUGCUGACUGAAACGGACGUCGACAACGCUCUCAUUAACACGGUCUCCGUUCAAAUGAGGCUUGGAAUGUUUGACGGAGCGCCGUCGUCUCAGUCGUACGGAAAUUUAGGCCCCAAAGACGUUUGUUCUCCGCCCCACCAACAGCUCGCCCUCGACGCCGCCCGACAGGGCAUCGUCCUGCUCGAGAACCGCCACUCCACUUUGCCCUUGUCCGCCAAUCGCCACCGUACCGUCGCCGUUAUUGGGCCGAACUCCGACGUCAAUCUCACCAUGAUUGGCAACUAUGCUGGUGUGGCGUGUGGGUACGUAACGCCACUGGAAGGAAUAGCAAGGUACACGGCGGUCAUCCACCAGAAAGGCUGCGACGGCGUGGCAUGUCCGACAGAGGAUUCCUUCGGUGACGCCAUUGCCGCUGCGAGAAGCGCCGACGCGACGGUCUUGGUGGUGGGGUUGGACCAAUCCAUCGAGGCAGAAACCAUAGACAGAGACGGGUUGUUGCUACCGGGACGGCAACAGGACCUUGUUUCGAAAGUUGCUGCAGCUUCUCGGGGGCCGACCGUGUUGGUUCUGAUGUCCGGAGGUCCAAUUGAUGUGUCUUUUGCUAAGGAUGAUCCUCGAAUUUCUGCAAUUUUGUGGGCUGGGUACCCUGGUCAGGCCGGUGGCGCCGCCAUUGCUGAUGUUCUGUUUGGAACAACAAAUCCAGGUGGAAGACUACCAAUGACAUGGUACCCACAAUCCUACCUGUCCAACUUACCGAUGACAACCAUGGCAAUGCGGUCAACUCCAUCCUACCCCGGCAGAACCUACCGUUUCUACGCCGGUCCGGUGGUUUACCCUUUCGGCCACGGCUUAAGCUACUCAAAUUUCAUCAACAAAAUCAUCAAAGCCCCCACCACCGUCAAAGUCCCCCUCUCCGGCCACCACCACCACCACCACCACCACCAAUCUCAAUCCGCCGCUUCCCUCUCCAGCAAGGCAAUCCGAGUCACCCACGCUAAAUGCCAAAACCUCUCUGUAGUCAUCCAUGUCGACGUGGCAAACAAAGGCGACAGAGACGGGUCACAAACACUACUCGUAUUCGCAACCCCGCCAGCUAGCAGUGGCAGGUGGGUACCACGCAAGCAAUUGGUGGCAUUCGAGAAAGUCCACCUCGCAGCCGGAACAAGGCGGCGCGUGCAAGUCCACAUCCAUGUUUGCAAGUAUUUGAGCGUGGUGGAUAAAUCAGGGGCGAGAAGGAUAUCGAUGGGCGAACAUGAUAUUCAUAUUGGUGAUACUAAGCUUACAGUGUUGCUCCAACCUGAGACAUAGAGAAAAAAGAACAAUAAAGUGAUGAAAUGGGGUUUGGGCCUAAAAGAAGGCCCAUUAAAUUCAAACCAUCAUAUCUCUUCCUUCU